AUGGUCACCACUGGAACAUCCCCCCCUUCUCCCCAGGCACUACAGUCAGAACUCGAGAAGAUGAACGUUGGUACUGAUGUCGCGGAUGACUCUAACGAUAGUUCCGACACCGAGUCACAAGCAAGCUCACUUCCUAGCUCGGUGGAUCCAUCCCCCGGCUGUGAUGACAAUCAUCGCGAGAAAGUUCGAAAUAACAACAUCCCAGAGAAUCCCUUCGAUAGCGAGAGCAGUAGGAUUCUCUUCGAUGCGAUUGAUCGCCUUCAGUCAUUUGGUGUAAGCGGGAAGCUUGAAAUACCCCAGCUGGUUAUCGUUGGAGGCCAAUCAAGCGGUAAAUCAUCCCUACUGCAAAGUUUGACCGAGAUUCCUUUUCCAGUUGGUAAAGGCUGUUGCACUCGAUUCGCCACGCGCAUUGUAUCACGUAGGACGGCGCCGGGCAGUGACAAUGUUGUCAAGAUCACCAUCACUGAGCCGGAGGUCGAAGACAUAUUUGAUUAUCCGUUCGAUGACACCUAUGAGGACUACAACUACGUGAGCGAUCACCUUGGCGUUGAAGAAUUCAAAAACAUCAUGGAAGAGGUAUCGACAAAGUACAUGGGCAUCAAAUCAGGCGAAGGCAUUGGAAAGAAAAACUUUGCAGCUGAAGUCCUUCGCAUUGAGCUUUCAGGCCCAUCACGCUCUUACUUCAGUAUCCUCGAUGUACCAGGAAUCUUCUCCUUUCCGUAUCUCGUCAACGAGAGUGAAAUGCAUGGCAUCAAAAGGAUGGUCGAAGGUUAUAUGAGACAGCCUGCCAACAUUGUGAUUUGUGUGGCCGAUGCAGUGACAGAUUUAUCAAACCAGGAGAUUUUUAAGCUCGCGGCCAGUCUUGUUGACAAGAAUCGGCUUGUUGGAGUUUUUACCAAGUGUGACAUGCUCCAUGACCCCACAGAAGUAUGCAAUGUCCCUAUUCCCACUAUAGUGGAUAUCGCGAGCGGAAAUGGUGAUCACGCCGAAAAGACGAUGCACGGUGGCUGGUUUGUCGUGCGAAAUCGAGCUGAAAAAGAUGGAGAUGAGCUCAACCCCAAAGAAGCCGAGAAUCAACUUUUCAGUCAGCCGGUUUGGAAGAAGAUCCGAGAAGACCGAAGAGGCUCCAGUAUGCUCAAGAAGCAUCUAGGAAACCUACUGUGCGCAAGAAUACGUGCAAACUUCCCUAGCCUUCAGGGAUCCAUCAGGAGGCUUCUCCUCGAUGCUCAGGCAUCGAGAAGGAAUUUCGGCGACGCCAGACCAAGCCACCAUCUUCGUCAGCAAUACCUCAGAGAUGUUGUUGAUAGAUACCAUCAUGUUGCGGUCAAAACUCUCAAGAGCCCAGGCUCACUCUCAGAGGAGGUCCUUCGUGUGAGAAGUAUAGUGCGCGAAGCCAACGAAAGCUUUACAGCAGAUAUGAGACAUAACGGCCACAGCCACCAAUUCGAAGAUGAGGAAAUUGAACCAACAGAGAAGCUCGCAAAUGCUAUGGCAGAACACUACUCCGAUAACCCUCCUAUUGUACAACAUACACCGAAAAGUCCGUCCCGCCACAAGUCUUCUCAGCCACUGCGUGGGCAGUCUGGGCCAAAAAAGCCUUUUGUUGAAGAGAUUCGGAAUCAGCUUCGCCUCUGGCAGGCAACGGAACUCCCUGGCCUCAUCAACACGGAGGUCAUUAAAGUAUUGUACAAGCAACAAUCGGAAAACUGGCAACAUAUUGCGGAAAAGCACAUCGCUACAGUAGCUAGUAGUAUUGAGACUGCGUCCAACAAAAUUCUUCAAGACGUUUGUUCUCACUCGGGCGAUUCAACGAUUCUCUUCGAAGAACUGUCAAAAGUUUUGGAUCAAUUCCAGCGGCAGACAAAAGACAAAGCUCUCAUGGAACUAAGGGAGCACUGUCGUCGAGAAAGACAAUCUCAUCUUCAGACAACUGACGUGAGGUUCCAUCAAAACCUGCAAACUUUGCGGAGCAUUCGAUUACUCAAUGCCUAUGGUUCAAUGCCAAAGAGGGAUGGGGAGUUAAGCGAUCCAAGGGCACAUCUUGGCGCAUUUUACCACCACUGUCAUCACUCCAUGGAAGACAACAUGGUGGGUGACGUUCACGAUGUCGUUAAGGUCUAUUACCAGCUAUCCAUCGAAGCUUUCAUCAGAUAUGUAACAAACGAUAUUAUCGAGGAUUUCAUAUCUUAUGCUGAAGGUCCUCUGAUGGGCCUCUCAACAGACUGGAUUUUUGGCUUAACAGAGGAAGAGGUUGAGAGGUUCGCACGAGAAGACGAUGAUACUGUGAAGAAACGAGCUCACUUCGACGGUAUAAUCGAAAAGCUUCAACUUGCCGAAGAAAUUGCGGAGAAAGCUAGAAAACAGACCCGGAGCCUGGGAGAUCUUUGA